UCCAGUGAAUUUAGUUUAGAAAGUUCAAUGAUUCAGUUCCUGUACAAUACUGUUGAUAUUUUUUAUUGCGGGCUUACUUUAAAUGACUGAUUGUUUCAGAUGUAAAAGCUAAGGGUAGCGAAGUGCUGAAAAACACAGAAGCUACGAUAUCUUGUGUAGUAAGUGGUUUGAGUAAGCAGCUGGAGGCGGUAACAUGGAAGAAACCUUCGGGUGAUGCUAUAACUGACGGUACUGACAGCUAUGCUAUUGAAGUUGGAACUUACGUUUCUGGCACCAACAGUCAAACUACAAUUCUGACCAUACCUGCUGGUGAAAACACGGCUGAUGCUCUUUUCACCUGUGUCAUUCAAUCUGACGAGCAUGCAAAAACAUCAGCGUCUCCAGAAGAGACUGAUGUCAAUUCUAACGUUUUCAGUGAGUAAUCUUGAUACAUUUUGAAAACCACAAUGUGUAUAACGAGGUCUUAUUCGAAUUUUUCAGCAGUAAUCUUUCUUAAUUUAGGCUUUUUUUUUCCUUUUUUUAAGAGAGGUUGGGCCAAGAUAGCCCACGAGAGGAUAGCAUUGAGAUGCUCUGCCUACCUCUGAGGUGGGCAAAAAACACUUGUUUUUGCCCACGUUAACUUUUCUUCCUGGUCAGUAGACCAGGGUGAAAAAAUUAUAGCCAUCUUCAAAAGUUUAAAAAGACUGAAUGAUUUAUUUACAUAUAAGCAUAUACAUCUUUCAGCUGUAGCGUCAGUGACUUAUUCAGUCAUUACUAGUGAGGAUCAGACGUUGACCUGUGCAGUAGGAGAACUAGACGUAGGUGGAACCCCUGUUAAUGUAGUCUGGAAGGCUCCUGAUGGUACGACUGUAUCUGUAUCGGAUAUUACGAACUAUGAUGUCAGCAACGGUACAGUCAAUGUAACCGGCAUACAGGUGGCAGAACUCACCAUCAAGGCUACCAAGCUUGCUGAUUUUGCUAACCAGUCAACAUUCACUUACAAAUGCUCGGUAACAUCAACACAGUACCCAAACUCACCUGUAUCUACCCACGGAGUUGUGGUCAACGUUCUAGGUGAUUUAAUUAAGAAUAAUGUUCUACAAAAGUUUAAGGACGAUUAUUUGUGUAUGAUCUUGUUUCCAUAAUAUUUUGAUUCCCUUUUAGCUAAUAGUCUUCUUAUACGUUGCAGUAAACAUACAACUGCAAUAGUUUGAUUCGCCCUUGAAGAUGUUAGAGCUCACAUAAAAUAACUUUGACGGUCUCUCGUAAUAAAACAUAAAACUUUCUUUGUCCUCAAAAUGUGGAUUGUAAAAUUAGAAUUUAUUUUUGAAUCAUGAGUAAGUCGCUACAAAGUGUAUAUAUCUAAAAUACUUUGAACUGUGGAAGCAUUUUUUACCCUUAAUCAGAUUUUCCCUUUCAGCACCUUGUAGCAUGCCCGUUAUCGAACAAGGCAUCAUAUCUCCAUAUUCGACGAUUGAUUCAGGCUCAACAUACGAAAUAAGGUGCGACAGCGGAUUUGUCAUAACUGGACCGUCGUCAAUGGUGUGCACUGACGGUACCCUAUCUGAAUCCCCAUCUUGUCCACCAGUGGCUACUGUCACUUGUGAUGGAUACGGAAUAAAGUUGUUCAUUACCGAGAAAAUUAGUUUUGAUACAAUAUUGCUCAACGACAAAGAGUGUGAGUUUAAGGGAGACUCUCAAGAAAUCAGAACAGAUUUAGACAAAUGCGGUACGACGGUAUUUUAUAAUAACAGUCAUGUCAUUUACAAAAACCAAAUGAUAGGAAUUUCCAGUAAAAUUGAUUACAGUAACGGUAUAACCAGAGGAGGAGAACUUAAGAUAUCAUUUGAGUGCUCAUUCAAUAGAACAGGUGCCACCAAGUAUGCAUCUUGGGAGGUAAAGGGUGCAGCCAUUGUGGAAAAGGUGACGGGUGAAGGUUCGCUACGUUUCCUUCUAGAUAUCUACGAGGACGCAACAUAUGCCAACAAAGUGGUCAACUUUCCCUUUCAGCUAACACUUAACGCUAAUAUCAACAUGCAGGUCACACUGGAUUCAUUAGAUCCAGACCAGUCUCUGGGUGUGGUCAGAAUACAAGCAAAGGACAGUGAAACUGAGGAGGAUGGAAACUUGUCCUACGACUUGGUGAAGGAAGGGUGCAUCGUGGACUCCACCUUCAAGUUUAUUGAAACAGACUCGAAUUUGCAGCCUCAUUCAGACCCCAAAUCUAAACGAUUUAUCUUUAAAGCUUUUAGCUUUUUGGACAGCCAGACUCCGAUCUACAUUCACGCUGUUAUAAAAGUCUGUAGUUUUUCGGAUAACAGUUUUGGCUGUACAGACUUGUGCUUAAAAAACAGACGGAAGAGAUUCGCUGAAGUAUCAAGUGAUCUGAACGGUUUACAGUUCCACAUUUAUCAAGGACCGAUAGUGCCUAGUCAUCCCGUUGAAAUCAGAGUUCCGAUGACAUUUACCAAAACUUUUGUUGAAGAUCAGAAGUUAAACAAUGGCGAGGAACUGAUUUUAGAUGUACAUGUGAUUGCUAAGCCGGUUCCAGAGAGAGUAACUUGGAAGCUUGAUGACACUGACCUUGUGGAUAAUAAGGCCACUAUAUUCAUUGAGGAAUCUUUCGACCCAGCAACCUACAUCACAACGUACACACUGAAACUUGUAGACCUUAAAGUGGAACAAUCAGGAGUGAUAACCGUAGAACUGACUAGUGAACUGAACGAAACUAUAUCUGAUUCUAUGACUCUCACUGUGCUUGAUGAGCUGGUUUUGGGAGUUGGUGUAAAAUUAGUACCUGGAAUUUUGACCUUCUUCCUCCUGCUGCAGGUUCUGCUGUAGCACAAUAAGGUUUAUCAAGAUGACUAUAUCGUAAACUGAGCUAACGUUAGCUAUUG